AUGACCUCGUCAUUUGUGGAGAAGCCACCAUUCAAGAAGCGACAAACAUCCUUCAGAUUAUUAAUGACUUCUGUGAAGGCCAAGACAUCUUAUGCUGGAAGCAUAACUCAACACGGAUUUGCUCUUCUAAAGACGCUUAUAGGUACUGUGCUCAAAACCUACAGAUUUCUACUCCUACCUCUAUAUCUCCGCAGGUCUCCUCGGCGCUUAUGGAAAUGGAAAUGCAAGAAUCUCCUUCCCAGAAUCAAAACCUUUUCAUGGAGGCUCUUUCAACAUGCCCUCCCAACAGGUAAAAGAGCUGGUAAGAUUUCUAAACAUAUCUCCAAGAAUUGUGCCAGGUGUGGAGCUUUAGAGGAUGAAAUUCACAUUUUCUUUCUCUGCCCUUUUGCUAAAGCUGCUUGGUUUGCAGCCCCUUGGUUUAUCGGGUCUGAAUUUUAUGUGCAGCAUGAGAAUACCAUUAUAAACACUCUCAUUGCUAUUUCCAAGUCUGGUCAUCCCAAGGGUUCAAUUCAGAACAUCUUCACCUUUCUUUGGUGUAUUUGGAAAUCCAGGAACAAUUUUCUCUUUAACAGGAAACUUACCUCUUCCAUUCAGGUUUUUCCAAAUGCCAAAAGUUUGAUUGCAGGUACUGAACUUGAGCUCACUGCUGAUCCAACCACUGAGAAAGAACAAGGAGACCAAACAUCUAGAUCCAUUCUUAUUUCUACCUCUCAGAUUUCUCACUUGCAGGAAUUUAAUAUUUAUUUAGAUGUAGCUUGGAAAGAUCCAGGUACUGAAGAUGGUUUAGCUCCGGCUGGACUUGGAAUUUUCAUUAAAUCAAGAAAUCCUCAAAACAGGUGGAUUGCACAAAUCCAGGCCAUCUCUUCUCCAGUGUUAUCGGCAAUACAUGAUGAAGCUUUAGGAGCUCUUUUAGCUGCCAAUAUUCUUUCCCACCUCCAUCAGCACCAGGCUAUAAACAGAUUUCAGAUGACCAAGCCCUUGUUCUGCCUUGCCAAAGCAGGGACGUUGGAGGCUGUCCGGGCAUUGGUCCAUUAGGUCUCAGCUUCUCCAGAUCAUUGGAAUCCACUUUGCCCUUAAUUCUCAAAUGGUGUUCACUACCAGAGAUAACAACACUCUAGCACACCAUUUAGUUAGGAAAGCCAAGAGUAGUCUAAGUUUUAAACCUACUUUCUCUUGUACUAAUAGUGAUCACAUGACUCUUGGCUGUCCCUUGAAGCAUCUUUGUAAUCCUCAGAGCUCUGAUCUCUACAGAUCUCUACAGGCUCAAACAUGCACUUUGCUGUUAAUGAAUAAAAUUUCCCUUCUUCAAAAACAAAAAUCCCUUGUUGACUUCCUUAUGGGAA